CCCGCCGGUAAGUUUCCCAAACUUUCCCCGAGCUUGGGACGGCCGACGACGUGUCCUGGUACACCCUGGUCUUUUCGGCGCUUUCUGUGGCUAUUUCUAUGCAAAGAUUUGAGAAUUGACAUAUUAUUGAACGGCUGAGGACAUUGUUGAACACCUGGGCCUAACCAGAGGUGAAGCUCUAAAUCUACCCACAUACUAGGAGCUAAACCCAUGUGUCAACAUGGAACUGUGAAAGACAGCACUGGUUCAAUCUAAAGGAUUCCAAGCUUACAAUAUGCCAGAGUUUCCCGGAAACAAGGAUCGCUCGUAUUUAACGAUGGAUGGUGCGCCGACGAGGAACGGGCGGAUCCCGCGCUCGCCGCCUCUCCAUCAGCACAGUCAGAUGAGCCUCAUCUCAGACUCCAGCACUCCGGGGGAACGCACGCCCAUCAAGAAGGCCUCCAUGACGUCAUCGGAGGCUGUGGUACGGCGGCGCUGGCCACGGUUCGUCAGCAAGGACGGGAUCUGCAACUACAGGAACCACCACGUUCCCCUGCACAAGAGAAGGUACAUUCGGGACUUUUUCACCACCCUGGUGGACCUGAGGUGGAGGUACACGUUCCUCUCCUUCUCUGCUGCAUUCGUCUUGAGCUGGUUCUUAUUUGGAAUCGUGUGGUACAUUGUAAGCUUAGUGCAUGGAGACUUUGCCCAUGAAGUUGGCGACCCUGACUUCCAACCAUGUGUUAGCGAGAUGAGGGACUUCACAUCCUCCUUUCUCUUCUCACUGGAGACACAGACAACAAUCGGCUAUGGUUCUCGCCACGCCCGAGACAACUGUGGCUUUGGUGCCUUCCUCGUAGCUUUUCAGUCCGUCGUGGGACUCAUCAUCGACACAUUGAUGAUUGGCGUCUUCCUCACAAAGCUUGCCAGGCCAAAGAAACGUGCGCACACUCUGCUCUUUAGCGAGCAAGCUUGUAUCGCUAACCGGGAUGGUAAACUCUCGCUCAUGUUCCGUGUUGCUGACAUUCGUAAGAGUCACAUCGUAGAAGCUCAUGUCCGCGUCUUUGUGGUCCGACACCACAGAAAAACAAUAGAAGGUGAGGAACUGUAUUUGAACUUCGAAGAUGUCAAUGUUGGGUUCGACAAAGGUACGGACCGUGUCUUUCUCAUCACUCCAGUUACAGUUGUUCACGAAAUUGAUAAGGAAAGUCCGUUCUAUGAUGUCUCCGAAGACAGCCUGGCAAAGGAAGACUUUGAAGUAGUUGUGCUGUUUGAGGGUAUCUUAGAAAGUAGCAGCUACACGCUUCAGGCCAGGACCUCCUACCUGGCAGACGAGGUUCUGUGGGGUUAUCACUUCGACAACAUGGUGUCCUGCUCAGAGUACGGUUACGAGGUGGACUACAAAAAGUUUAACAAGACACACCCGGUCCCCACCCACGAGUACAGUGCACGCAUCAUUGAUGCACACCGAUCGUCCCUGUCCCUAGACAGAGACGUGGACAACAACAGGCAGUGUAAGACCAACAUAGACAGGACGGUGGAUGAAGAUGAUGACAGAGGAAUGGACCCUAAAAGACUGUCCAUGGCGCUGGCAUAUGAAAAUGAGGUGCACACAAUGGUCUGCAGCAAUGACGAGUGGGGACAAGGUGAUCAUGUCACAGCUAAGAAUGGACAAAAGGUGACCUGCACGAAGCUGUGAUGAAGGCAACACAAGUGAAGGAAGGAGAAGAAAAAGGGGGCCUGUGGUCAGCUGUCUUCCACUACUGCGACACAAAGGACAGGGUAGGUAAACCGGACUCCACUCAAGAGGAAAAACUUGUUUGCAUCAAACUACUAUCCUCAGAAUUUCUGUGUUGAAUGCAGGUCGAAUCUGUUGAUCAUGACAUUAGAAAGCAAGGUCAACCACUGUCCAGGAUAUUUUACUCCAAGCUGGAAAGAGUGAAUUCAUCGAACUUUAAAGUAUGUGAUAAGAAGAAUACAAUAAAAAUUUAACUCAGCAGUGAAAUGCUAGUCUAAGAAUAGCUACUGAUUGACAAAGUUUCAGAUAAGGCAUCAAUAGAGUUACAUAAUAAUGAAGCUGUAUUGUGAACUAUCAAGUAGGUGAAGCCUAAAGAUUCAGAUACAAAGUAGGAAGUAGAAACAUAAAGUUGACCAAUCAAGAAUUAAGCUGAAAACAACGGAAGACAUAAGGAACACAGAUUUCAUUAGCUGCUAUAGUUCCAUGUAUAAUAGAUGUAGUGAAUCUUAUGCAACAAGCUACCUUAGUAUGUGAGAUGUACUGUCAUGGCACUGCACGAGCUGCUCAAGCCAAAUCAAGCAACCAGGGAGAGCUAUGCAGUAGUACAACACGGCCUUAUUACUGUCUCAUAAACAUCGUCUUAGCUUUGACUAUAAUAACUAAUAAUGCCUUGUAUUGCUCAAGCUGUAAAUGUCUAUACUUCUCAAGUGAUGAGCUAAUCAGUGUAUUACAUAGGAAUCAAGGUCAAGUAGGAGCCAAAGAUGUGUGUGAGACAGUGUUGAGGCUGAUAGUGCCUUAGCUGAGAACCUUCACAGUCAUGAUGUACAAACUCUCAGCAUAUGAUGUACACAAUUAUGUUCCUGUGAUUUUAUCGACCUUAUGUCAAUGAUUUGGAUAUGCAAUAGGAACUAAUAAGAACCUAAGGUAACGGAAUGCUGUUGACAGGCAAUAGGCAUAAGUACACAUGACUUGUAAUCUGCUGUGCUAUUCCUUAAAGCUUGAAGUACAUGUACUGUCUAUAAAUGUUUUGUAUGCUGCACAAUAUACAUGUACCUUCCAGAGAGAUCUCCAAAGUUGGGCCGUCUUCUCACCCCUACCAGGGAGGAUGGGUAAUAGGGCUGGUCUGUCAGCUUUUUCUGAAAAAGAACCAUUUUAUCAUCAAACCUGGAAAGGUUGGUGAGAAAUGUUUUGGCAGAAAGUAAAAACUGCUAAGAUUCAGAACUGCCAGCCCAGAAGUUAUCAAACUUGUCACUAAUCACUACAAGAAAACAUUCAGCCAGGUGAGGAAAUAAUCAGGAAUACCAGAAGUGCCUUGAUGGAUGUUGUUCCUUUCUGAGACGAGGAAAUCUAACGAUCUCCCUCUGUAACUCAGACAAAACUUCUCUUGUAUAAAAUAAGCAAAUGUUGGGAAUCUUGUACAUACAGACUUGGAGCUGGCUCAAUAGAGAUUUCUUAGGUUAGCCUAAGCCACAAAUUUUCUCCUUUGCCAAAAUAGUAUUCAUUCAUACAAUCUUUUCUGGUAGAAAUAUGUAAAUAUACAUGUAUACAUUUAGUACUUUAUUAUUCAUGUCUUCCAAGUGUCUACAUUUAAAAAAUGCUCUGCUUAACAUGUACAAAAAUUAUAGUCUAGAUAUGUAGAUUGAUGUAUUGUAUGGAACUAAUACAUUGGAUAGGUUGUAUUCUUUGCUAAGUCAUCUAACAUUACAUACUGACUCAAGGAGUAUUAUCUGCAGUAACUGUUGUACAUGUAAACUUGUUGUGAUCAUGGAAGAAGUCACUUUUUACUUCGUAAACAUGUAUUAUGGUACAUGUAGGUUUCUUCCACAUCUUAGCCAAUCCUGCUUCUGUCUCCAACACCAAUCCUUGUGACUCUUUUUAAUGGAUCUUCUGCUAACAUGAUUGCAGUACAUGUAAAUCCCAUACACUUCUGUUUGGACCACCAGUCAUGUCAAUGCAAGUUCAGACCUUUCCUUCUAUUGAACACAAGCCAUUGCCAUUUCUCAUAACACUCACGUGGAAGACUUCCACAUUUCCACAUUGCCACCAUACCUCUAAGCCAUACAUGUACAUCAGAACACACCUUGCCCCUUCCCCAGGAAUCCUGUUGUGAAUUCUUUGUACAAUGUAUAUUGUCAUAUAUACUAUGCAUGACUCUGUUUUUGUCUCUCUGACUUCAUAGUGUUGUAACAUAUUAGUUACCAAGUGAAGACUAAGUCUUGAAGGAACUAACCAUGUAUUUUAUAGGUAAAAACAUAUAUGUACUGCUGUGUAUUUUAAUCUCACUUAACCAAGUGUUCUCAACGAGUUUUGUAACUGUGCACCUCAAACACAUAGAACAUAAUAACAUGCUGUGAUGUUCGUAGUUGACUUCAUUUUUCUGUUGAUGUGCAAAAUUGUACUACAUUAUAAGCCUCAGUAAGAUAGAGAGGUUUGAUAAUUGUAAACUUUUAUUUGUAAAGAUUUUUAUUACUUGUGUGACUCAAUGUUACCUAAGCAGCAAAUGAGAAUAAAGUGUGCCAUGCACUGCUA